AGACGAAGUAACAGCCACAAAAUGUCGAAACUAUCAUUUAGAGCACGCCACCUGGAUCCGUCCAAGCAGAUGCCCAUUUACUUGGCGGAGGAGCUGCCCGAUUUGCCAGAGUAUUCGGCCAUUAAUCGCGCCGUGCCACAGAUGCCAAGUGGCAUGGAGAAAGAGGAAGAGUCGGAACAUCAUUUGCAGCGAGCCAUUUGCACUGGGCUAAUCAUACCCACGCCAGAGGUGCUGCAAACGGAUCAGCAGUUCUACGAUGCCUACUAUCCGCCAGACUACAAAAUGCCCCGCCAAAUGAUUCACAUGCAGCCCCUGGGCCUGGACACUGAGGUGCCGGACUAUGACCUGGAUAGCGCGGAUGCGGAAUGGCUGAGCCAACAGCAACGCUUGCAGCUGACCGAGCUGAAGUUCGAACAAAUGAUGGAUCGGCUGGAGAAGAGCUCCGGCCAAACAGUUGUCACACUCAAUGAGGCGAAAACGUUGCUCAAUCAGGACGACGAGACUAGCAUAUCAGUGUACGACUACUGGCUGAACAAGCGCCUCAAAAUGCAACAUCCGCUGAUACUCACCGUCAAGACGGAGAGCCGACCGGGGGCGAGUUCCAAUAAUCCCUAUCUGGCGUUUCGACGACGCACUGAGAAGAUGCAAACCCGAAAGAAUCGCAAAAACGACGAAGCCUCCUACGAGAAGAUGCUUAAGUUGCGACGCGACCUGCAACGCGCUACAACUAUAUUGGAAAUGGUGCGACGUCGCGAGGAAACCAAGCGAGAUCAUCUGAAGAUGACGGUCGAUAUCUUUGAGAAGCGUGUCGAGAUGCGCGACUUUAACGGUGCAGUCUACUCGGAGCUGAAUGCCCAAUAUAAGAACUCGAGACCCGUAUACAAUUCGUUGUAUGCGAAUCAAUACUCACAAGGCGCUCCGGCGGCUGGCACAACAGCCAGUGGUGCUCUGCUAGCUGGCGGUGGUGUGCUGUCUCCUGGCAUAUUGGCAACGGGAGCGAACAGCAACGCGGCCGUCUAUGGGCAGGCAUCGCAGUACCUGAACACAUCGAGUAUGACUAUGGAGGGCAUCAGCGCUGGCAGUGGCAACGGCAGCAGCAGUCGAAAGGAGAAACGGCCGUAUAAGAAGCGCAAACACAAACUUCCGCGCGAUAAGCAAUUGCAGCAGCAACAACACCACCAGCAGCAACAACAACAGCAGCAACAACAGUAUUUGCCGGGCAUGGGCCUGGCGUCCUCAGCGUCGGGCAUUUCGCCUGCGCAUCUGCAUCGGCUUAAUCGCCAGAGCUCAUCGCCGGCAGGCAACGACUCAAUUGCGGACAGCGAUGAGGACGACUAUCUCGCUGUCGGCGCACAGAACGGCAAUAAGAUGGGCUCCGAGAGCGAGGAGGAGGCGCCGUUUGCAUUUAGACGCAGGCCCAGGUGUAAUUACCUGCGGACGCGUGCCGUUGACGAAGGUCGUUGGCCCUGGGAAGCGCCCGCUGACGAGGAUGCGCCGCCCGGUGCGGCCGGUGGUGUUGACGCUAAAUAUCGUUAUACGCUAACAUCGAUCAACUAUGACAGACCACGCUGCAUAGGCUUUGCGCGCCGGCGUCUGGGUCGCGGCGGACGUGUGCUGCUUGACCGGGCCAGCACCUGUUACGACGACCUGUGGUCCCAGUUCGACUAUACGGUGCUGGACAGUGUUGUGAAGAGCGGCAAGCCCUCGAAGUACGAUCGUAAACAGCAACUGUCCAAGCCCAGCUCCCCGCCAACCGUAGUGGAUCUGCCCACCAACAAGGCGGAUAAGAUAACUGGGGAUGGCAGCGCGACACCCGAGGCGGUCCUUAAGGUCGAGCCGGCCGGUGAACAGGUGCUGCCCAAGGAGGAGCGGCAGCAGGAAGAGGAGGACGAAGAUGUUGACGAAGAGGAUGACCUGUGCUCAGAGGAUGAGAAUGUGUCGCGUCUGAACAUCUACAGCUCAGCGGUGACGUUGCAGCAAAGUCCCUUCGAUAAGCGCAUGAAACGCCGUCGACUGCACCGCAAGAAACAACAAAUGCGGGAGCAGAAUGCCGCGAAGCGUCUGAAGAGCGCAGUCGUGGAUAGCGAGGACGGCGUGGCUGUGGACGAGGAUACGCCGCGACUGCUUCCGCUGCCUAGGUCGUAUCUGCAACGCUUGGCACUGGCGCUGCAUUCGACGACGACGGCCGCUACAGCGGCAGCGGCAGCGGCAGAGGCAACUGCAGCUGCAGCUGCAACGAAAAUGCAGACGGAAGUGUUAACGGAUGCAAACGGAAUGAGUUUGGGAAAGCAGCCGCAGCAAGAGCUGGAGAUGAAGCAGGAAGUAUGCGAUGAGCUGAUAGAGCAGUCACGCCACGCUAAUCAUCAGCACCACCGUUCCAAUAAUAAUAAUAACAACAACAACAAUACCGUGUUUAAUAAUAACAACAACAACAACAAUAGUAGUAGUAGUAGUAAUAUGAAUAAGAAUGUUAGCAUUAGCGAAAAAUUCAAUGUGAUAAAAGUGGAGGAUGAGGAUGCGGACGGAGACGAUGGGACAACUCGGCUUGAGCAGCCUGUGGCCUCCACCUCAGCAGCGGCAGCAGCAGCCCGCGCUGCCGAGGCAGCAGCUGCAGCGACAACAACAAAUGCAAUCGGAUCUGCAAGUUCAGCGACCGAGGCCGAGGUCGAGGAAGUGGCCAGGACGAUAAAGCGCGAACUGAUCGAUGCCGAUGACUCGAACGAGCCGUUGAGCAGCAUACGUACAGCAGCAUCAAUGCAGAGCAAGCAGCAGGAGCAGCAUCAGGACUUGAUGGACGACGACGAGGCCGAAGAUGAUGUAAAUCUGGCACAGCUCAGCAGCAUUAUAAAGCACACAGCCGUCAAGAAGGAGCUGCAGGCGCAACAGCAACAGCAGCAGAAGCGGCAAAGGCAGGAGGAGAAACAACAGCUGGAGAGCCAAACACGAUGCUUCAAUCAGAUGCCCGAUGUCAUUCGUCUGCACGAUAAGCAACUGCACAUUGACGCUGGGGACCUGGAUGCGACGGCUCCAGGGCCAACGGAGGACGACAGCGAGGCCUAUGACUACAUGGGCGGACUGUCGCCAACAUCUAGCCAGCGCCUGGACAUCUGCAAUGAGCUGCUGUCGGAGAUCAGGCGCGACUGGCUGCACUUUCGGCCAAAGACGCCCACGGACGAGCUGUCGGACAGCAAUCAGGAGGACGAGGACAAUGGCAAGCUCUGCGAUGCUGCGGUAGUCGACUGGACACAGGACACGCCCAUCAGCAUCGAGCUGAGCCUGUUGGGCAAGUGCAGUGACGACGACGAUCCCGCCAGCGAAGCCCACUUCAUGAGCACCGCCUUCAAGUACACGGAUCUCGACGCGGAUGCUCAGCUGCUGCAAACCGCCUAUGCGCUGGACUAUGCGCGCGACAGCAGCGAUCGAAGUCCCGAUCACACAAACGGCGACUGCUCCGACACUGGUUCGGGCCUGGGCUCGGCCUCUGGUGAGGGCUCUGCGCUGGAGUUCAACCUCAGCGGCGGCGAUUCGCUCAACGAUAUCAAUCUGCUGGGCGACGAUCUGGUCAACAAUAUACUGCACGAGUGCAGCAUGGAUGAUCCCAAGAAUCAGGCUGCCAACUUCUGGAACAUCCUGGAUGGCGAGACGGCUGUCGAUGAUGUGGACAACGCUGAGAGUCUACUCGACUGCAAAGCAACCACCGCCUCCGAACUGAAGCGUGCGGCACGCCAUCGCUCGCACCACCGCGGCCCAUCCGCUCCCCUCGGUAGCUCCAGCUUCAGAACAGCCGAUGUGCCGUCCUCCUUCUUUUGCCAGGCACCACCCGUCAAGGAGGAGCCCCCGCCGUCGGCGCAGCCAUUGCCAGAAGCCGCACCGCCAGAGCAAACGCAAGCCAUCAAGGUGGAACCGGCGGAGGGCACAACCACACCCUCGAUCACAUUGCCACAUUCAGCAGAAAUCAGCCUAACGACAUCCUCGCCCGCCAACGCAUUGCCUGUUGGAGCUUCGGCGCCUGCUGUGCCAGUGCCAGCACCACAGCUGGUGCCAGCCACACCAACUGCAGCGCCGCUGAUCGCCACCAGCACAGCCGCCACCCAUCUGCUCAACAUACCCGCCCAAAUCACAACGCAGCAGCAGCAGCAUCAACAGCAGCAGCAACAAUUGCCGCAGCAAUCGAAGCCUGCCCAGGUGGCUGUGACGCAGCAGCUGCUGAAUCAGUUUGCCGCCAGCGCGACGCCAGCUGCCACUCAGCUGAUUGCGCGGACAGAGUUUGUCAGCAGCGGCACGGCCGUGGGGGAUAUCGUGACCAUAACGCCGCACACGGGCAGCAGUCCGCUGCCGGCGUUGACUCCGCAGCAGCAGCAGCUGCAGCAUCAGCUGGCGCAGGCGCAGCUGCGCAAUGUCACGGUGCAGCAGAGGCAGGCGACACCCCAGCAACAGCAGCAGCAGCAACAGCAGCAGCAAGUGCAGCAGGUGCAGCAACAACAGCCGCAACAGUUUCUGCUGCAAAUGCAGCGUGAUAUUGGUGGCUCACCGGCUGUGAUCUCCUCGCAGAGCAUUGUGACGUCACGCAGCGGCAACCACAUGAUCUAUACGACAAGCAGCGGCGAGAUCAUGACCGCGGCGGGCCAGGUGGGCGCCCAGAAGGUGACAUAUGCCAUACAGAAGAGCGCCGGUGGCAGCAGCGCCUCCAUUGGGCCCAACACGGUCAUCACGCUGUCCAACGUCAAGCUGCAGAACGAUGACAACUCAUCCUCCGCCUCGCAGCCAUCGAGUGUGAACAUCAUCAACACCGCCAGCGGGCAACAGUUGGCGGUGCACAGCAUCUCUGGCAUUCAGCAGCAGCAGCAACAGCAGCAGCAGCAACUGCAACAGGUGACAACGACCAGCACGCCGCUGAUUGUGACCACGCGCAACAACAACCAGCAGCAGCAGCAACAGAUCGUGCAGCAACAGCAGCAGCAGCCAAUCGUUUGGCGGCAGGUGAGCGGCACCAACACGGCGGUGGCCACCACAGCGGUGCUCUCCAGCACCACAGCCGAUUCGGCAACAGCGGUCGGCAAUAAGAUUGUGUGGACGAGCCGAGCCACCCAGAAGCGGCAGAACGGACCCGAAAACACAGAUAUUAACAAGCUGCUGCUGAACCGGAAGUUCUCGCAGCGCAAGGUGGGGCAGCAGGCAGUGACGCAGCAGCAGUUCCAGCUAACGAAGCAGCAGCUGCAGCAGCUGGUGCAGCAAGAGGAUGAGCUGGUGGCUAGUGGAGCUGGCGAGCAGCUGACACUGCAGGACGGAGGCGAUGCACUGCAGCAGCAACAGCAACAACAUCUGCAACAGCAGCAGCAGCAGCAACAACAUCAGCAGCUACAGAAAUUCGGCAAGGUGUUCAAAAUGUCGCCAUUCCCGCUGAUUGUGUCGGACCUCAAUCUGCAGCAGCAGACGAAUCAGCAGCAGCAGCAGCAGAAGCCCAACUCAGCAGCGGCCAUUGCGGCGAAUCACAACUACAGCCUGCAGCCGGCCACAGCCAUCAUAACCUCCCAGGCGGCGCCGCAGCAGGCCAACAAAAUCUUCCUGACCAGCAAUAGCAGCGGUGGCAGCGGCGGCAACUUCAUCGCCACCGCCAGCGAGCUGCAGGCGGCGGUGGCUGCCAGCAACGCGGGCCAGCAGAAGCUCCACUACAAGGAGCUGCCCAAUGCCAAUGUCAAGCUGAAUUUCGUGAGCACCGCCACAACGGGCAAUGCGGGCGACGCGCUGGUGACCCAGGCGUCGCAGCAGCUGGGCGCCACCACAGUGGUGCUGAAUAAGACUGGCUCACCGCUGCCCACCGCCAUUCAGCAGCAGCAGCUGCAGCAGCACCAGAAGCUCAAGACGGGCGGCACGCAGGUGCAGGUGCCCGUCUCGGCUGGGGAUAAGCGCGUGCUCUACACGAGCCUGCUGAAUGUGAAGAAGAACAACAGCGGCCAGAUGCAGAUGCAGCUCGGCGCCGCUGGACUGCAGCAGGUGUUGCGUGGACGGCUGAACAACUCGGCGAUAUUGACGCGAACCCUGCCGCUGGGCACCACGGUCAACAGCACGGGCGGCGGCGGCGGCGGUGGCGGUGGCAGCGGAGGAGGAGCAGGUGGCGUUGGAGGCACUCCGACAACCAUACGCCAGCUGGUCAGCAGCAAUGUCACCAACAAUGUGGGAGCAGUAGCAGCAGCGGCAGCGGACACCAUUGCCAAGGAGGUGGGCAAGGUGCAUGUGACUGUGGAGCAGGUGAUUGCCAGUGCCAACAAUGGCGGCGUUGUGUUGCCUACCACCACCAAUAACAACAACAACAACAACAACAGUAAUAGUAACAAUAACAACAACAACAGCAACAGCAAUGCAAAUAGCAGCAGCAAUAACAACAACAAUGGCAGCGGGACAGGCGGAGGCGGCAUAAACGCAACAACGAGCAAUGUGAACGCGACUCCGACGAUAAACAGAUGAGACGCGGACGGCAGCUAACAUCC